CCCACCUGUGGCAGACACGGACAGACGAAGGGAGUUAGUUAUUGCGUCUCCAGUAGGACCGUUACUUCACCGCUGUUCUUGUUGCUCUUGAUUAUCUGAACUCGGACGAAACGUUACACAGAGUGAACAUGAUAUUAUUUUCUCAUCAGCUUUUCAUCCUCCUAUGGAUUGUUGUCACAGUGGUAUCUUUUUCUGUAGGGGUAGAGUCCAACAACACGGCUCCUGGCACACAUGACAGUCCUGGGCUCACCGAUACAUCCAUGACCCCAGGAGAUAGAUCCACCACCCUCUUAUCCACAAAUACCCCAGACUCUACUGAACCCAGCUCCACCACCACAGACAGAGCCACCAUCACCACCCAGGACCCCUCAACUGUCCUCCCUAGCACUGAUGGCACCUCACCCACAACAGCAGCCAUCUCUAAAACUGAAGAGGUCUCUACUACAACCGACCUGACCUCAACUUCUGAUACGACAGAGUCUAAGAGAGCAGUCGGCACCACUGCGACAGAAACAAGAACUACCUCGUCGGUCAGCACAGCAAGGUUGACUUCCUCCCACAAGACCACAGCGUACGCUGUCACUUCCCCUGAGUCGACCGAAAAAGACAGUCCGUCUACAGACAGUGACAUGACAACACCCACCACCACACCUGCCCUUAGCAGAGGUGACUCUACGUCUACCAUGGAACAUACAGGCCAUACCUCAGCUGAUGUCCCCACAGAGUCAAACACAACUGCAGACAUUAUCCCAACCAGCAGUACCACUGAUACAGGUACACAUGAAACAACAGCUAUCAACACAGCUACCACAGACACAGCUACCACUGAUACAGGUACACAUGAAACAACAGCUAUCAACACAGCUACCACAGACACAGGUACACAUGAAACAACAGCUAUCGGCACAGCUACCACUGAUACAGGUACACAUGAAACAACAGCUAUCAACACAGCUACCACUGAUACAGGUACACAUGAAACAACAGCUAUCAACACAGCUACCACUGAUACAGGUACACAUGAAACAACAGCUAUCGACACAGCUACCACUGAUACAGGUACACAUGAAACAACAGCUAUCGACACAGCUACCACUGAUACAGGUACACAUGAAACAACAGCUAUCGACACAGCUACCACUGAUACAGGUACACAUGAAACAACACCUAUCGACACAGCUACCACUGAUACAGUGACCGAUGGCUCCACGUCCUCAUCCCCCACCGCUACCAUUACAGGGAGCCCUCAUACAGACAAAACCACUGGAACAGAGGGGACUACCGAUUCUACAACCACAGCUGGCACUCCAGCUUUGCCCCCCACCUCCGGCUCUUCCUCCAGCCCACCCUCUCCAGGCUCAACCCAAACCCCAGGCAGCAGCACUGCUGCCCCCGUAGACACCUCCACCAUCACCCCUGCCCCCUCACCCACCAUCACACCUACAGGAGAAACCCCUGGGCAACCAACUAGCAAAACUAGUGAGAGCCCACUUCCUCCUUUCCACACCUCGACCUCCCCUACCGGUGGAAGCACCACCCAGCCAGAGUCAGCCAUCACUGCUACCACAUCCCUGCCUCCACCCAUCUCCAUAGUGUGUCCCUCCUCUCCCUGUCCGUAUGAUAGCAUCUGUCUCAACGGCACCUGCCAGUGUAUGUCUGGGACCUUCCUCUUAGAGGGCCGCUGUGUACAAGCCCAAGUCUUCUCUGGAGACCUGCAUCUCAACCAGACAUUUCAGGCUGAAAUGAGCAACCGGUCAUCAGGGAUAUUUCAGCAAACAGCAGCCAGGAUCUCAGAGGCACUGAGAAGAGCCUUGGAAAACGAGUCUGGAUACAGCCAAACUGAUGUUGUGCUGCUUCGGCGAGGCAGUGUGAUCGCGACCGUGAACAACGUGUUUAAACUAGGCUCCAGUGCCACCCGGACUUCGACCAAUGCCGCUAUAGAGAAAGCCAUACAAGCCUGUGGGACGACCUGUGGGACCAUACUGCAGAGAGCUACAUUUAACGACCCCCAACCGUGUGAUGUCCGCUCUACCACGUGCGAGUACAAAGAAGAUGGAGUGACCAGAUGCUCCUGUAAGGCUGGCUACAUCAACAGCUUCUACUCAAACCAAAGCUGCACAGCCUGUCCCAGUGGUCAAAGGUCAGAGGGAGACACAUGUGUGCCAUGCGCGUUUGGCUACGCUGGAUUCAACUGCACUGACUCGGCUCUGUUGGCAGUGGUGGUCAUUGCCUGUGUACUGGGGGGAGUCCUCCUCAUCAUGCUGCUGGGCCUGCUUGCAUACUGCUGCUGGUACCGGUCGCAGUCGGUGAAGAAGCCUUCAGCAGAGUUCAGCAGCCCGUACCCUGUGGAGGACUUUCGGGGCCCCUGGUCCACCUCCCAGGGCAUCACCCCGAUCCCCCGGGCCAGCACCAACUGGGCUUCAGCCCCCAUGGAGAUGACCGAGGGGGGCAGCACACACACCCUGGUCGACAUGAAGCCCCACACCAACGGAGCGGGAUUCCACAUCCUGCCUAAACGGGGGAAGAAGACCGGGUCGUAUGACCUGACCUCAGACAGCAUGAACACGUUCAAAGGGAAGAACCCGUCUCGCUACUCCUACCUGGUGCAGGGCCACGAGAACCCUUACUUCAAACCGGCAGAUGACAGGAGACCCAUAUGAUAACCCUUACUUCAAACCUGCAGAUGAGAGGAGACCCAUAUGAUAACCCUUACUUCAAACCUGCAGAUGAGAGGAGACCCAUAUGAUAACCCUUACUUCAAACCGGCAGAUGAGAGGAGACCCAUAUGAUAACCCUUACUUCAAACCUGCAGAUGAGAGGAGACCCAUAUGAUAACCCUUACUUCAAACCUGCAGAUGAGAGGAGACCCAUAUGAUAACCCUUACUUCAAACCGGCAGAUGAGAGGAGACCCAUAUGAUAACCCUUACUUCAAACCUGCAGAUGAGAGGAGACCCCGUAUGAGAACCUCAAUGAUGUCUGGAGACAUUGGCCCGUACUCACAAUGCGUCUCCGAGCAGAAAUGCUGAUCUAGGAUCAUUUUUUUGCCUUCUUAAAUCAUGACUAAAAAGGGGAGACCUGAUCCUAGAUCAGCACUUCAGAGAGAGGAGGGAAGGCUACAGGGAAGGUGGGGGGGUAAUCGCACAAACAUGGCUAAAGAUCAAAUUGAGAAGUCACUGACUUCUAGUAACUCUGGGUAUUGGUACAUCCUCUCACUGUAUUUCUGUUGAAUUGUGUAGAACUUUUCCUUUGCAUCAGGAUGUUCGGAUAGAUGCUAUGUACUGUCUAGGGCAUCUGGAGUCCUUCAUGGUUUACAGUCGUUCAUGGACUGGAGUCCUUCAUGGUUUAAUGACACAACUACAAGGGACUUGACAGCAGGGAUUUUAAAUAUGUUCUUCUGGAAUCCAUUCUCAAAGUCAGCUUUAUGAUUCAGAACGAUUUGGAGUCCAACAUGCAUUGACUUCACAGGGAUUCACUUCAAUAACUGACCCCACCAAAAGAGGAUUUUGUUCACUACAAAUCCAUGGUUUACUUUUGAAACGUUCCGUUCAUCUGAUCAUGGUCUUUUAUCCUGUUCUGCAAUACAAGAACAAGAUUUGUAAAAAAAAAAAAAAAAAAGUUUUUAUUUAAAAUGUUUUUAUUUGUGUCCAUUAGGCUGUGUUUAGACUGGCAGCUCAAAUCAUAUAUUUUUUCUCUUUUGAAAAAAGAUCUGGUGUGAAAAGAUCUGAUGUGAUUGGUCAAAAGACCAGAUUUUUGGACUGCCUUAAACGCAGCCUUAUUGAAUGAAGAGUGAGCUGAAUAUAGCUUGUCAUAGCCAGUAGUUGUCCCCAUUGUUCAGGGUCAAGCUUUUCAUGUUUUGUUUUUCCCUUCUACAGUAUCCUGCUACAUUUAGUUACCUGGAUGUCUACGUCUUAUUGAAGAGAUUACUGAUAUAUUUUAGAUUGGUCAUUCUGCAUUGUAGUUUCUCACACUCAACGUAGUAUUCCAAAGUGAUUCAUCUAUUGCUAUUUGCACUAAAUUAUGUAUUUGCUUUACACUACAUGUGAUUUGUUUCGGUGGGGGGAAUCAUUGACACAUUCUCAGUGAGAGCAAAUGUUUUUCUAUAUUUUUACUUUAGGAUUGAUUGUGUUUUCAUGACGAGAGCUGUGUGUGUGAAGCGCUGAAGGAGCUGGAUCCCUAGUUCAGGGGUUUAUACAGUAAAGGGAUAUUUUGUAUUAGUCUGGUCUGGAGCGGAGUAGACCUACUCUACAGUCUAUUAGUCUGGCCUGGAGCUGAGUAGACCUACUCUACAGUCUAUUAGUCUUGGCCUGGAGCUGAGUAGACCUACUCUACAGUCUAUUAGUCUGGCCUGGAGCUGAUUCGACCUACUCUACAGUCUAUUAGUCUGGCCUGGAGCUGAGUAGACCUACUCUACAGUCUAUUAGUCUGGCCUGGAGCUGAGUAGACCUACUCUACAGUCUAUUAGUCUGGCCUGGAGCUGAGUAGACCUACUCUACAGUCUAUUAGUCUGGCCUGGAGCUGAGUAGACCUACACUACAGUCUAUUAGUCUGGCCUGGAGCUGAGUAGACCUACUCUACAGUCUAUUAGUCUGGCCUGGAGCUGAUUCGACCUACUCUACAGUCUAUUAGUCUGGCCUGGAGCUGAGUAGACCUACACUACAGUCUAUUAGUCUGGCCUGGAGCUGAUUCGACCUACUCUACAGUCUAUUAGUCUGGCCUGGAGCUGAGUAGACCUACACUACAGUCUAUUAGUCUGGCCUGGAGCUGAGUAGACCUACACUACAGUCUAUUAGUCUGGCCUGGAGCUGAGUAGACCUACACUACAGUCUAUUAGUCUGGCCUGGAGCUGAGUAGACCUACACUACAGUCUAUUAGUCUGGCCUGGAGCUGAGUAGACCUACACUACAGUCUAUUAGUCUGGCCUGGAGCUGAGUAGACCUACUCUACAGUCUAUUAGUCUGGCCUGGAGCUGAGUAGACCUUCAUCCUCUGUUAUUAGUACCUUCCCUGCUGAAGCUGCCUGCAUCUGCAAAUGUGCCUGUUUUGAUUGGUCAUUUUGAAGAAUAGGACAAUUAUGCAAAAAAUACAAAAUAAACUCUCGACAAAG